CCCAUAACUUCUAUACUUUCUAUGGUGCCAUGGCUAUGGCAUGUUGUUGUUGGUCCUGCCACAUGGCCGUCGCCGUCGACAUGAAUAUGAAUCGGACUAUGGCCACUGGAGUAACCCAUCUUUUUUCUUUGAAUUCCCAUAAAUUUUCCGGCAACUGGGACACGAAGCUAUUUGGGUUUGUGUUUCAGAGGAAGGAGAGAUCAUUAGUACGGCGUCGUCUUAAGUUUGUUGUCAGUGCUGACCUCUCCAAGCCUUUCUCUGUGAACAACUUCGGUUUGGACAAACAGACUGUCAAGUCCCACAACUUAUCCCAGUUGCCGUGGAUUGGUCCACUCCCUGGGGAAAUUGCAGAAGUUGAGGCUUACUGUAGAAUCUUUAGAGCUUCUGAACGGUUUCAUAAUGCAUUGAUGGACACAUUGUGUAAUCCCUUGACUGGAGAAUGUAGUGUUUCAUAUGAUGUCCCAUCAGAAGAUAAACCGUUGUUGGAAGACAAAAUAGUGUCUGUUCUUGGUUGCAUGAUAUGUCUCCUGAAUAAAGGAAGGGAGGAUGUGCUUUCAGGAAGAUCCUCAUUCACAAAUUCAUUUCGCGAUGUAGAUUUAAAUGUAAUGGAAGAAAAGCUUCCACCUCUUGCCAAUUUCAGGGGUGAGAUGAAAAGGUAUUGUGAGAGCUUACAUGUUGCUCUUGAAAAUUAUUUGACACCUGAUGAUACCCGAAGCUUGGAUGUAUGGAGGAAACUGCAAAGACUGAAGAAUGUUUGCUAUGAUUCUGGCUUUCCUCGUGGGGAUGAUUGUCCAUGCCCUACAUUAGUUGCAAACUGGAAUCCUGUUUAUUUAUCUUCCUUAAAGGAAGACGUGGAAUCUACAGACUCUGAAGUAGCUUUUUGGAAGGGUGGCCAAGUAACUGAUGAAGGUCUGGAGUGGCUAAUGGAAAAAGGAUUCAAAACCAUUGUAGAUCUUAGAGCAGAGACUGUGAAGGAUAACUUCUAUCAGACAGCAUUAGACAGUGCUAUUUUGUCUGGGAAGGUUGAACUGGUCAAACUUGAGGUUGAAGUUGGCAUUGUGCCUUCAAUGGAGCAGGUCGAGAAGUUUUCGGCUUUAGUGUCAGAUUCCAGCAAAAAGCCCAUAUAUCUCCAUAGUAGGGAAGGGGUAUGGAGAACUGCUGCUAUGGUCUCUAGAUGGAAGCAGUUCAUGGCUCGCUAUGGAUUGCAAAACGUCUCCACUCAGACAGUCACUCCUACGGAUGUUCAACAACAAGAUACAAGAAGAAUGGAAGAAUUUUACAUCUCUUCGACAGCUUCUGAGGAAGAAAAUGAAUUGGUGCGAGAGAAGUUGGAUAAGAUUUAUGAUUCCACUGUGGAGUUUAUCAAUCAAGUCUCUUCACCUACAGAAAACCUCAGUAGUAAUGGAGCCAAUGAUGGGGUUGUACCCCACCAAGAACCUGGAUCAAUCCAAACAGUUGAUGAUACUGGAUUAGGAUCUUCAAUCCACUUUUGCAGUGAAGUCAACCCUCUUGAGUCCCAGCUGCCUCCUCCCAAUGUUUUCUCCAAGAUGGUGAUGUCCAGGUUUUUCAGAAGUAAAAAGAUCUCACCUGCAACAUACUUUAGUUGUGAACAUAAAAAACUGGAGAUGCUGUAUAGUGCAAAAAGGAGGUCUAAUGGGACAACUCGGAAAAGUGAAAUCACUGAGAGCUAUCCAGAAUCAAGGAUUAUGGAAGAAGCAAUAUCGAAUGGGUCUCUAAACAGUAAGAACUUAUCUUUGAAGUCUCUGAGUUUUCUUGGUAGUAAUGGCACUUAUCAAGAUCAAAAUAGUUAUUUAUCCUCGGGUCCUGGUUUGAAUGGAUACAGUAAAGGGAAACAGAAUGUCAUUAGUAACAUUGUUGAUCCUAUUGGUGUGAGCAGUAAAUUAGAGAGGGAUGGUAAUACACCUAUGACCAUGACAGUGGAUCAGAGGAGCAAUGUUGAAGCCCCAAUAUCUUCAGGUGAUGAUGGAGUGGAGCUGCUUGAGGGAAACAUGUGUGCCUCUAUGACUGGUGUUGUGAGAGUGCAGUCAAGAAAGAAAGCAGAGAUGUUUUUAGUUCGCACAGAUGGAUUCUCUUGCAACAGAGAAAAGGUAACAGAAUCUUCCUUGGCGUUUACUCAUCCUAGCACCCAGCAGCAGAUGCUUAUGUGGAAAUCUCCACCAAAGACUGUAUUAUUGUUGAAAAAACUGGGCCAAGAACUCAUGGAAGAAGCUAAACAGGUUGCUUCUUUCUUGUAUCACCAAGAGAAGAAGAAUGUUCUUGUUGAACCUGAGGUACAUGACAUUUUUGCCAGAAUCCCUGGGUUUGGUUUUGUUCAGACCUUCUAUAGUCAAGAUACCAGUGAUCUUCAUGAGAGGGUAGAUCUAGUAGCUUGUUUGGGAGGAGAUGGGGUUAUACUCCACGCAUCAAAUUUAUUUAGAGGUGCUGUUCCCCCUGUUGUCUCAUUUAAUCUUGGAUCUCUUGGAUUUCUCACUUCCCAUACUUUUGAAGACUAUAAACAGGACUUAAGACAAGUCAUCCAUGGGAACAACACACUAGAUGGUGUUUAUAUAACUCUAAGAAUGCGUCUCCACUGUGAGAUUUUUCGAAAUGGGAAAGCAAUGCCUGGGAAAGUAUUUGACGUCCUCAAUGAGGUUGUAGUUGAUCGUGGAUCAAACCCAUACCUUUCCAAAAUUGAAUGUUAUGAACAUGACCGCCUCAUAACCAAGGUGCAAGGUGAUGGAGUCAUAGUAGCCACACCUACUGGAAGUACCGCUUAUUCUACAGCCGCUGGAGGUUCCAUGACUGUCAAGUCCCACAACUUAUCCCAGUUGCCGUGGAUUGGUCCACUCCCUGGGGAAAUUGCAGAAGUUGAGGCUUACUGUAGAAUCUUUAGAGCUUCUGAACGGUUUCAUAAUGCAUUGAUGGACACAUUGUGUAAUCCCUUGACUGGAGAAUGUAGUGUUUCAUAUGAUGUCCCAUCAGAAGAUAAACCGUUGUUGGAAGACAAAAUAGUGUCUGUUCUUGGUUGCAUGAUAUGUCUCCUGAAUAAAGGAAGGGAGGAUGUGCUUUCAGGAAGAUCCUCAUUCACAAAUUCAUUUCGCGAUGUAGAUUUAAAUGUAAUGGAAGAAAAGCUUCCACCUCUUGCCAAUUUCAGGGGUGAGAUGAAAAGGUAUUGUGAGAGCUUACAUGUUGCUCUUGAAAAUUAUUUGACACCUGAUGAUACCCGAAGCUUGGAUGUAUGGAGGAAACUGCAAAGACUGAAGAAUGUUUGCUAUGAUUCUGGCUUUCCUCGUGGGGAUGAUUGUCCAUGCCCUACAUUAGUUGCAAACUGGAAUCCUGUUUAUUUAUCUUCCUUAAAGGAAGACGUGGAAUCUACAGACUCUGAAGUAGCUUUUUGGAAGGGUGGCCAAGUAACUGAUGAAGGUCUGGAGUGGCUAAUGGAAAAAGGAUUCAAAACCAUUGUAGAUCUUAGAGCAGAGACUGUGAAGGAUAACUUCUAUCAGACAGCAUUAGACAGUGCUAUUUUGUCUGGGAAGGUUGAACUGGUCAAACUUGAGGUUGAAGUUGGCAUUGUGCCUUCAAUGGAGCAGGUCGAGAAGUUUUCGGCUUUAGUGUCAGAUUCCAGCAAAAAGCCCAUAUAUCUCCAUAGUAGGGAAGGGGUAUGGAGAACUGCUGCUAUGGUCUCUAGAUGGAAGCAGUUCAUGGCUCGCUAUGGAUUGCAAAACGUCUCCACUCAGACAGUCACUCCUACGGAUGUUCAACAACAAGAUACAAGAAGAAUGGAAGAAUUUUACAUCUCUUCGACAGCUUCUGAGGAAGAAAAUGAAUUGGUGCGAGAGAAGUUGGAUAAGAUUUAUGAUUCCACUGUGGAGUUUAUCAAUCAAGUCUCUUCACCUACAGAAAACCUCAGUAGUAAUGGAGCCAAUGAUGGGGUUGUACCCCACCAAGAACCUGGAUCAAUCCAAACAGUUGAUGAUACUGGAUUAGGAUCUUCAAUCCACUUUUGCAGUGAAGUCAACCCUCUUGAGUCCCAGCUGCCUCCUCCCAAUGUUUUCUCCAAGAUGGUGAUGUCCAGGUUUUUCAGAAGUAAAAAGAUCUCACCUGCAACAUACUUUAGUUGUGAACAUAAAAAACUGGAGAUGCUGUAUAGUGCAAAAAGGAGGUCUAAUGGGACAACUCGGAAAAGUGAAAUCACUGAGAGCUAUCCAGAAUCAAGGAUUAUGGAAGAAGCAAUAUCGAAUGGGUCUCUAAACAGUAAGAACUUAUCUUUGAAGUCUCUGAGUUUUCUUGGUAGUAAUGGCACUUAUCAAGAUCAAAAUAGUUAUUUAUCCUCGGGUCCUGGUUUGAAUGGAUACAGUAAAGGGAAACAGAAUGUCAUUAGUAACAUUGUUGAUCCUAUUGGUGUGAGCAGUAAAUUAGAGAGGGAUGGUAAUACACCUAUGACCAUGACAGUGGAUCAGAGGAGCAAUGUUGAAGCCCCAAUAUCUUCAGGUGAUGAUGGAGUGGAGCUGCUUGAGGGAAACAUGUGUGCCUCUAUGACUGGUGUUGUGAGAGUGCAGUCAAGAAAGAAAGCAGAGAUGUUUUUAGUUCGCACAGAUGGAUUCUCUUGCAACAGAGAAAAGGUAACAGAAUCUUCCUUGGCGUUUACUCAUCCUAGCACCCAGCAGCAGAUGCUUAUGUGGAAAUCUCCACCAAAGACUGUAUUAUUGUUGAAAAAACUGGGCCAAGAACUCAUGGAAGAAGCUAAACAGGUUGCUUCUUUCUUGUAUCACCAAGAGAAGAAGAAUGUUCUUGUUGAACCUGAGGUACAUGACAUUUUUGCCAGAAUCCCUGGGUUUGGUUUUGUUCAGACCUUCUAUAGUCAAGAUACCAGUGAUCUUCAUGAGAGGGUAGAUCUAGUAGCUUGUUUGGGAGGAGAUGGGGUUAUACUCCACGCAUCAAAUUUAUUUAGAGGUGCUGUUCCCCCUGUUGUCUCAUUUAAUCUUGGAUCUCUUGGAUUUCUCACUUCCCAUACUUUUGAAGACUAUAAACAGGACUUAAGACAAGUCAUCCAUGGGAACAACACACUAGAUGGUGUUUAUAUAACUCUAAGAAUGCGUCUCCACUGUGAGAUUUUUCGAAAUGGGAAAGCAAUGCCUGGGAAAGUAUUUGACGUCCUCAAUGAGGUUGUAGUUGAUCGUGGAUCAAACCCAUACCUUUCCAAAAUUGAAUGUUAUGAACAUGACCGCCUCAUAACCAAGGUGCAAGGUGAUGGAGUCAUAGUAGCCACACCUACUGGAAGUACCGCUUAUUCUACAGCCGCUGGAGGUUCCAUGGUAGGCAACCCUUGUUAA